AUGAAUUCAUCAAAAGGGGUUAUUGAUAUUGGAAGUAAUGGUAUUCGGUUUGGUUUAGUCUCUUCAUUGAACAGACAUUUACCAAUUCUUUAUGAAGAACGUGCUCCCAUUUCACUAUUUGAAGCACAACAUUCUUCUAAAUCUGAGGAGAAAUCUAAUAUACCAGAAAACGUAAUACGCAAUGUAGAAAAUACUAUGAAAAGAUUUAGUUACAUGUGUACAAGCUAUGGUGUGAAAAUUGAUGAUGUUACUAUUGUAGCCACUGAAGCAACUCGUACUGCGCCUAAUAGUAUAGAGUUUUGUGAGAGAAUAGAAAAAUCAUUUCAAAAACCUGUUCUAAUAUUAGACAAAGAAAAAGAGGCUAUAGUUUCUGGAAAGGGCAUUGCGGCAACUUAUAAUGGCGUAGAAGGUCUAGUUAUGGAUAUGGGUGGUGGAUCCGUAGAAUUAAGCUAUUUGAAAUUUGAUCGAAAAACUGCCGAAUUCAAAAUAUCAGAUGCACCAAUAAAUCUUCCUUAUGGUGCUGCUGCUUUAACAAAAUUAUUAAAACAGAAUAAUACACCUGAAAAACUUUCUAAAUUAUCAAAUCAAAUCGUAGAAGAUUUGAAAAAAGGGUUUGUGAAUUUAGGUGCCCCUGAAGAUAUCAAAGUUAAUGGAAAAUUUACUGUUUAUAUGAGUGGUGGUGGAUUUCGUUCUCUAGGUUAUUUGUGUAUGUCAGAGAGUGAAUCUGAUUCUGGUAGCAAAUAUUCUUAUCCAAUCCCAAUAAUCAAUGGUUUCUUUACAUCCUCUGAGAAAUUGAAAAAAGUUAUAGAACCACUCACACCAUCAGAACAAAUAGAAUUUAAAACAUCACCAGAAGCAAUAUUUCCUAAUGGAAAUCCAUUUCGUAUCAGUAACAGACGUGCUAAAUUAAUGCCAGCAUGCUGUUUCUUAAUAAAUGCUAUAAUGAAAUGCAUUGAUAUUGGUGAUAUUUAUUUUUGUGAAGGUGGUGUACGUCAAGGAAUGUGCUUUCAAAUGAUGGACAAAGAAAUUCAAAAAUUAGAUCCAUUAGAAACCUUUAUUGAGACACAUCCAUUACAAACUGAACAUAUUAAACAUAGCACCUGUCAGGUACUAGAUAUUUUGAAAAGUUCCAUACCAGAGAAAUUUUAUGAAAUGCUCGAUUCUGAUGUUACUGGUAAUAAUAAACCAGAAAGACUCGAACGUCUUCUUCCUAGUAUUAUAUCACUAUCACAAUGGUCAAUGAACCUUGCAAAAGAAGCACGUCCAAUCAGCGGUUUUACUUUGCCACUUGCGGGUGGACCACUUUGUAACACUCCCGGAUUAACCCACGUUGACAGAGCAAUCAUAUCAUGGUGUUUGAUGUAUAGAUAUUUUGAUGACGCAAAUGGUGAUGUAGAAAAAAAUAUUAGUGUGAUGGAACCUAGUUUAUUUAUGGGUAUAAAAAAUAUGAUUCCUGGUGGAAAGAAUGGUAGAAAAGUUUGUGAAUUCAUUGGAAAAUUACUUGGAUUUAUUAUUUUAUGUGCACCAGUUACUAGUCCAGUAACCGAUCCCACAGGCUGCUCAGUAAGCCAAUUAAUUAAAAUUAAAUUAAAAAAACCAGUCCAUACAUAUGAUAAUUUUAUAGCAGAAACUAUUAAAGUAUCAUUUCCAGAUUCUGAUAAAUUCUUUCUUGUUGAAAACCCACUCGUUGAAAAUUUCUCUGAUUCAAUCAAUAAUUUUAAUUAUACAUUUGAAUUUAAUCGAAAAAAUCAAAACCCAAGUAAUCCAUCAAUUGAAAAAUUAAAAGUUGACAUUAAAAUUAAAAAAAUUUCUAAAGGAGAUUCGGAAGAAACAGGAUCUAAAAAGGAAACGAAAAAGAAACGGAAGGAGAAAGAGAAAGAAAAAGAGGAAAAUGAAAUGAAAUAA